UCCCCUUUUUAAUUUUCAAAUGAUCAUAUAAAUAUAGAUCGCAAUAGCCAAACAGUUAACAUACAAGUUCCGCUCAUCGUUGGGAGUAGACGCUACAUAAAUAUUCAAAAAUUAACCAUACAAAAAAUCAAAAUGACUAUUGAAAACGAAUUGGUGAAUCUUUGCAUUGACGAAAGUCCACCAAGGAACAAACCUUUGGUCGCGAAAUAUUUAAGGAGUUUCGCUUUUCCGGUGUUGUCAAAAUUAACGCCGUUUAACAUUUCUAAAACCGGAGGCUACUUAGUGGCGAAUAAAAAUUCAAUUUUACAAAAAUAUGGACCGGAAGCCGAAAGCGAUAUCAAUUCAGUACUGUUGAAAUUGGACAGUUUAAGAUCGGAAAUCUUGAGCAACAAACCGUUUAGAAAAUUGGAAUCCGAUAAUGUGGACGUCAAGAUUUGGAAUCAAGUUCUCGAGGAUUAUACCGACAAAGAUGGAAAGCGACCGACUUGGCUGUAUACCUUCUGGCUGUACGCCGAGUGUUACGUGCAUCGUCGUUUAUUCGAAGCUUUCGAAACUAGCGCGUAUCUGAAAGACUACGAUCCUUUUUACGAGCAAAAAAUGAAAUCUCUGGUAUCUUGCGAGGAUGCCAUGGGGUUCUUGGGCAACUUCUUAAUGGACUACUUCCAACGGACGGGCGUGCAAAAUCACCACCUACGAGAAGACCUACCAAAAAUCCUAAAGUGCUCUUUGUGGGGUAAUCGCUGCGAUUUGUCGCAGACCGGCGGCGACGCGAUCGCUCAGACCGAGAGUCCGUUGAAAAUGGUGGAAUCGUUGCAAGAACUAAUGCUAGUUGACGAAUCGCCAAAGAUAGUUGACUACCUUUGCAAGUUGGUGACCAACGGCCAGGGCGAUAAAAUUUUAGAUAUUAUACUGGAUAACGCCGGCUACGAGCUGUUCACCGAUCUGUGUAUGGCAGAUUGGCUAAUGACUUACAAACUUGUCAACAUUGUACGGUUUCAUGGCAAGUCCAUACCAUGGUUCGUGUCCGACGUAACACUCCGCGAUUUCGUUGCUACCAUAGAUUUCGUGGCGAACCAGGCCCAUACGGAAAACCUGAGACUAUUGGGCAAGAGAUGGGAAAGCUACAUGCAGUCAGGACUCUGGACGUUUGAAAGCGAACAAUUUUGGACGUUGCCGUUUACCUUUGACCAAAUCAAAAGCCUGGAUCCCCAAUUGUACGACAAGUUGUCCCAGUCGGUUUUGAUAAUUUCCAAAGGAGAUCUCAACUACAGGAAAUUGGUCGGCGACGUUUUCUGGGAGCCUACCGUGCCGUUUUCACAGGCCAUUGGUAGUUUCCAACCUUCGAAACUGAUAGCGUUGAGAACACUUAAGUCGGAUAUCACUUGUGGACUACCCGAAGGCUUGGCCGAACGUAUUUCUGAAACCGAUCCGGAUUGGUUAAAGAUUGGAAAAUACGCUGUCAUUCACGUGGCCGGUAUUUAAAACCGUAUUGUUAAUUAGCGUUUAGUUUAUAGGAAAACUUACAUUCUUAUGUAUAUUUUUUUUUAGUCACAAAAUAUUAUAAAUGUAUACGAAAAAGUUAAUCCUAUUUAUUAGAUUUUACCUGCGUUGUGUUUAAACUUCAAUAUUUUAAGCGUUUCGUGUGAGGUUAUUGUAGUUCUUAUAUACCCACCUAGUUUUACUUUUAUACUUUCAUUAGGCAGCAAAUUGGACCUUUUAAUUAUCAUUGUUCACAUAGUGUUACCAUUAAUUAUAAUUAUCACUGUACCUACACUCAUUUUUAAUUUUACUGAAACAACUAUAGUUUUUAAUAAUAUAUAUGUAACAUUUUAAUUAUUAUUAUAUAAAUAUAUCCUAUACAUUUACCAACGUGUUUUGUGAAUGACGAA